AUGCCUCCCAUCAAAACCCUCCUCUUCGACUGCGACAACACGCUCGUCCUCAGCGAAGACAUCGCCUUCAUCGGCUGCUCCCAGCUGGCCAACGAAUGCCUGCGCGCCCACGGCAUCGCCAAGCAAUACACGGGCCCCGAAAUGAUGUCCGCCUUCGUCGGCCUCUCCUUCGGCAAACAACUGCUGGCCCUCAGCGAGCUGCACGGCUUCACCCUCGAGCAGCCCGAGAUCGACGCGUACGUGGCGCGCGAGCUGGGCGUCAUCAUCGCCAACCUCGAACAGGGCGCCGAGCCCUGCGAGGGGAGCAUGGAAAUGUUGCGGGCCCUGCACGACGAGGCCGGUCUGCCGGUUAGGGGGUACGACACGGCGAUCGUGAGUUCCUCGGCAAUCACGCGCGUGCAGGCCAGCAUCCGCAAGACGGGCCAGGACCGCUUCUUCCCCUCCGGCAAGGUGUUUAGCGCCGCGUCGUCGCUGCCCAGCGGGCCGUCGUCGAAGCCCGAUCCCGCCAUCUAUCUGUAUGCCUGUGAGCAACUGGGCGUGCAGCCGCAGGAGGCGCUGGCGAUCGAGGAUAGUCGGUCCGGAGCCACGGCGGCCAAGCGCGCGGGGAUCCCUUUGAUGGGCUAUGUGGGACCCUACUAUGCCGAGGGGGGCAAGGAGUUGGCCCUGAAGAUGGAUCGCAUGCUGAGGGAGGAGUGUGGCGCGCUGGCCGUCAUGCAUCACUGGAGCGAGUUUUGGGAGUGCUUGAAGAUCGUCGAGGCGGAGCCGUUGCCGAAUUGA